AGAAUUCAGUACAACCGUAUCCUAAAGACCUGAUUCUAUGUACAGAGACGGCAUUCAGCGAGGCAAAGAAUAAAAAAGGGACGGUGGUGAUGAACUAAAAGCCAACCAGUCAUCAUACUUCUCUCCCUCUCUUCUUCCUCUCUCUCUCUCUCUCUCUCUCUCUCUUAUCCAGCGUCUGAUCUCUGUCCAAAAAAACAAAAUCAAAAACAAUUCCAUCAAAACUCUCUCUCUCUUCUACGCGCGCCAAAUACAAACAUUCUUCAAACACUCUCUCUCUCCACAGGGUUCCGGCGACCAUGGCAGAUGGUCCGGCGAGUCCCCCCGGAGGCAGCCACGAAAGCGGCGGGGACCAGAGCCCCCGCCACAACGUUCGUGAGCAGGACCGGUACCUUCCGAUCGCCAACAUCAGCCGCAUCAUGAAGAAGGCGUUGCCGGCUAAUGGUAAGAUCGCCAAGGAUGCGAAGGACACUGUCCAAGAGUGCGUCUCCGAGUUCAUCAGUUUCAUCACCAGCGAGGCUAGUGAUAAGUGUCAGAAAGAGAAGCGAAAGACGAUUAAUGGUGAUGAUCUGCUUUGGGCGAUGGCGACCCUAGGAUUUGAAGAUUAUAUUGAACCACUAAAGGUGUACCUGCAGAGAUAUAGAGAGCUGGAGGGUGAUACCAGGGGAUCUGCUAGAGGUGGAGAUGGAUCUGCUAGAAGGGAUGCAAUAGGAAGUCAACCUGGUCCAAAUGCACAGUUUGCUCAUCAGGGGUCCUUUACGCAAGCAAUGAACUAUAUGAAUUCCCAGGCACAGGGGCAGCAUCUAAUUGUAUCUCCCGUGCAAAGUAGCGAGUAGGAGACUCUAGCUUCUCUUUUACCAAUUCAAUGAUUCAGAAUUUUGACUGGUAGAUACUAUUUAACACCCCUACCGUCCUUUAUACAUAUUUUCAAAUACCGCAUAUUUUUGUUUGGUUUUUCUUUUCUUUCUUUCUUCUCUUUUUUGGUUUGGGGGUGGGGUUUCUGAUCGUGUUGGUGCUCUCAUCAGCAGAACAGCUGGGAUAGCCCGAUAUUGUAGAACUGGAUCUUUGCCGUUUAAUUAUCUAGGCAUAUUUGAGGGCAGACUGCAAUAUCUGGAGAAGGGUUUGCAUAUGAUACCUUAGACUUUCAUCUUCUGCCGUGUAAGGUGGGUGACGCCUGGAAUUAUAUUUUGCUCGUUUUGGAUGAUUAAGCAACAGCUAAUAUUAUACCUCAGAUUGUCAUCUGGUGCCAUGUAUGUCAGAAGAGGACUUGUUAUUAUGUUUUUUUUUGGAGGAUUAAUAUUUUGUUGAUGGGUUGAGACA